AUGAGAUUUGAUUGCAACAGCGUUUUCCUGUUGCUCACUUUCACCAAUUUCCUGUUUCUUCACAUCUCCGGCAAAACUAAUGACGUUUGCAUUUCUCCGGGUGGUCGAUUCCAUCCAUAUUCAAACGAAGGGAAACCUCCAAGGAAAGCAAGCAAGGGGCCCAGAGAUUUGACCCUUUGCAGGGUGUUCCGCAAAAAGACAUGCUGUGAUAUCAUUCAGACACAUCCUGCUUUACUAUCCAUUAGGAGGCUAGCUUCCACUGGGCAAGCAAGCCAAGAAUGCUUGCAAUUAUGGGAACUCUUGGAAUGUUCCAUCUGUGAUCCGCGGGUAGGUAUACAACGUGGACCUCCAGUUGUAUGUGUCUCCUUUUGUGAUAGAGUGUACGAGGCAUGCUCUGCUGCAUACUUCUCUAUAGAUGCAAGAACACAGGUUCUAGAACCAUGUGGAGUGGGCAACCUUGUUUGUGGUAGAGCUUCGGAAUGGAUCUCAAAUGGAACAGAGCUCUGCCGUGUGGCGGGUUUUUCUGUUGAGUCAUCUUAUGAUCCUGAAGAAAUAUCGUGCUAUGGUGGGAAGGCUAGUCUUGAUUAUAUUGCAGAUUCUUGGAGAACUCCAGUAUCUGGGGUUUCACACAGAGAAGAGAGCACAGGAGUUCUUGAUGAUUUCAAGCAAUGGGUGGCUGAAAUGCCAUUUAACAAAAGAGUUUCUUGGGCAGUAGGAGGGAUGGUUCUUACGGCAGGACUUCUAUUUGCAAGUAAAAAGAAGAGCCACAACCGACGUCCAAAUCAAGCAGCUAUUCAAUAUGCUGCAAGGAAACUGGGAACAAAGGUGAAAUCUGCAACUCGAAGAUGA